GCGCCUAGUCACACGUUUAUCGCGGAGCGGAGUUUUGUUGAUUUGCGAAUCUGGCGAGAGUAUGAGUGCAUAAGCCCGGGCUACCAAAGUGGAUAAAGCCCCCGAAUUGGUGUUUCGUGAGGAAAAGAAAUGUGCGACAGCAUUGCAAAUUCGCACGCUCGACUGUUUCUUUGUUUCGCACACAACGGUUCCGCAUUGCACCAAAAGUGUCCCCGAAAGGCCAGAUACCAGUUUCCGCAGCGAAUUGUGUGAUAGUGUGUGCUAGCAACAAACAACCAGCAGCCGACGGAAGGAAGACCUUCGAUGGUCUUGAGUGAGGGCUACCAGGGAGAGAGUUGAGCUACCUGCCCCCAGAUUCAGAAUUCCCGGAAAGAAGCGACUGCCGGAUUCUGCGAAUAAAAAGCCAACUCUCUUCUCGAGCCCCAGCUGCUCCUUUCCCAAGUGCUCGUUCCAAGGAUUCGGCUGGAACGGAGAGCGAGAAAAAGAGAACACUGGAGACACACCGAAUGAUGCUCUCUCAGAACUGACCAGUGCUUAAACACAACGUGUGUCCCGUUAAACGGCAAGGUGUCGGUAUCGUAAUCACUCUUUUGACAAUUCAGUGAAAUGGCCGAUUUUACGGAAGAUUUGGAGAACUGGAUGGGGAAGCUCCCGGCAGAGCUGAAGGAAAUACCCAUCAUAAAUCUUGCGAUCCCUGGUUCGCACGAUACCAUGUCAUACGGCAUUAAGAACAAGGCCCCCGUUGCGCCGGAUGCCGAUCCGGUCGUAGAAACAUUAAACAAAUUCAUUCCUUGCGUAGUACGCCGCUGGGCUGUUACUCAAAGGUACACGAUUCAAGAGCAGCUCAAAAGUGGAGUACGGUACUUCGAUUUGCGAAUUUGUAUGAAAAGGCCAGAAAAUAAGUUCUACUUCGUGCACGGGCUGUUCUGCGAAGAGAUUACGGAACCGUUGGAGCAGCUGAAGGAUUUUCUUCGCACGCAUCCUAAGGAGUUUGUCGUGCUCGAUUGUCAGCAUUUCUAUCUCUUCAACCCGACCGAUCACUGCGUCCUGUCAGCGGAAUUGAAUCGUGUAUUCGACAAAAAGAUUUACUCACGAAACGUAAACCAGCUUAAGGACUGCACGCUGGCGUCAGCCACCUCGAUGGGAAAGCAGAUCCUGAUCGUGUACCGCAGUGACGCAUGCGUGAAUGAUCGUUUCUGGCUGAGUCAAGACUGGCCGACGCCAUGGCCGAAUGAGAUCAACGUGAAAAAGCUCCAGCAAUACUUGGAUGAAUCGUUAGCGCAGCGUAGCGCUGACACUGGUUUCGUAUCGCAGUGUGUCCUCACGCCUUCCGUUCGCUACAUCGUACCACGGUUCAUGUCUUCGUUGCGCACAACCUGCGCCAAAACCGUCGACAAGCAGCUGAUGGAUUGGAUCAAGCUGCAAACGCCAGGUAUUUUCGUCGGUGAGGAUAAGCCACGCACAAACGUGUUUCUGGCUGAUUUCGUGGACAUUGCGGAUAAUCAGUUCUGUAAGGUGGUUAUAGGAUUGAAUAAGAAAAUUCUGGACAAAGAAAACAAUAGCACGCAUAGCUCGCCUUCAAAAAAGAGCUUGUAAACGGAGAGGAGCGGGACACUUAAAGCAAUUUUUUCUUGCAUAAUAUGGUUUUAUCACAACGGGUUUCCGUUGUUACAACUUAAAGUUUUAGUUUUAGAAACUCAUUUUUAUAAAUGUAUCUUUUUAUGCUGUGAUUUUGCUAGAUAAUCUGAAAGCUGCACAUGGUGCUCUUCGAUUUCAUAUUACUUUAAUUUACUUUCUCUCUUUUGACGGAACGAUACCUGGAAGAAUAUAACCUUUGGCACAAAACAAACAGACAAUCUCUAGUAAACGAUACAAUAUUUAAACUACCACUGAUACCAUUCGGUUUAUGUAUGAAGCAACUGCAUCCUUUCCUCUAAUUCUAAACAAGUUACAUAGGAAAAAGUAAAAAGUUUUAACUCAAACACGUUAGAGCAGUCGUUGCUAAAGUGUAUCAUAGGAAAGGGAAUAUACAUAUAAAAUCAAUAUAUUUAAAUGUUGUUGUUCGUUACGUUCGAAUGCCAAAUAAAGCACUCCAUGCACAAUA